CUUUUCUCUCUUUGUUUCCUUUCAAAGAUCAAUGAUAGAAGCUUAUUUCCUUUGGCAACUAUAAUUUCUUGGUGGUUUUAGCACUUUUUUUUGUUCAAUUUUCUUGUUUCUUCCUUACUGUAAUGGUAGCACUAGCAGCAAUACUCAGUUUUGUAGUUCGAAUUUGUCCUUUUCAGCUUCUUUAAAUGCUUCUCCAGCUGAAUGAUUAGCUUCUUUUCAUUAUAUUUUCUUGAGAUCCCUUUUUCCCCGACUUUGUUUCUGGGAUUUUUAUUUCCUUUGUGCUUGAAAUAUGGAAGGGCAGGCAGAGGCAGAGGCUUCAAACCACAAUCCAGAAGAGAUCAGAGGUCGCCAACCAAAGCAAAGGCAAAAUCCCGAUGAAAGCAAAAAACAGCCUGAUGCGGAGGAGGAGGCAAAGGCUUCAAACAAACAAAAAAUGAUCAGAUGUCACCAACCAAAGCGAAAGAGACAAUUGGAAAGCCCAAAUGAAAGUGAACAACAUACAGAGGCUUCUUCAAACAAGCCAGAAAAGAGAGGUCGCAAACCUAAGCUAACUGUAGCUGAAAGACAUGCAAAUAAAAUACAAAGUGGUAGAUUAUAUCGACAAAAUAAAGCCGCCAAGAACAAAGCAUUACAAGAAAAGAACCAAGAACUGGAUGAAGAGAAAAAAAGAUUGGAAGAAGAGAAUAAAGAACUAAAAAACGAGAAGGAGGCGCAACAGUUUGAGAUAAACUCUUUGAAAGAGGAGCUUUCGAAGAUCAGUGCUAGAGCAGAUAAAUUAGAGAGAAAAGUAAGUGAUGAAUCCAAAAAAGUGAAUAUGGUGAGAAUUAGAAGCAAAGCGCUGGAACCUGGGAUGCAACAGCUAGAACAAAAUUUUCUCAACCAAGAUGAUCAGGACUGCCAUUUGGAAUUCGAUGAUAUACCAAUGGAUGAUGAGUGGUUGAACAAUUUCGAGAACCUGAAAGACUUCGCCAUGCCCCAAAAUCUACAUGGGGUAAGACCAUAGGAUCAGAGUUUGGGAAAGAUGAUUGGACUUGCUAAAGAGAAAGAUGGAUUAUAUUAUCUUGAGACAUCAAAUAACACAAGUAGUAUAAAAAAUAGUUUACUUUUGUCAUUUCUUUCUGAAAAAUCUUUCAAUAAAGACAAA